AUGUUCAAACAUCUUCGGAAAUGGUUUGUUGCUCACUUUUUGGGGCAUUCUCGGCAAAGAGCAAGGCUGGUCUCCAAAGAUGGAAGAUGCAACAUAGAGUUUGGCAACGUGGAGGCCCAGUCAAGGUUUAUAUUCUUUGUGGACAUCUGGACAACUGUGCUUGACCUCAAAUGGAGAUACAAAAUGACCAUCUUCAUUUCAACCUUCUUGGGCAGUUGGUUCUUCUUUGGUCUUCUGUGGUAUGCGGUAGCCUACAUCCACAAAGAUCUCCCUGAGUUCCACCCUUCUGUCAACCACACCCCUUGUGUGGAGAACAUUAAUGGCUUGACCUCAGCUUUUCUGUUUUCUCUGGAAACACAAGUGACCAUCGGAUAUGGAUUCAGAUGUGUGACAGAACAAUGUGGCACAGCCAUUUUUCUUCUUAUCUUCCAGUCUAUACUUGGAGUCAUCAUCAAUUCUUUCAUGUGUGGUGCCAUUCUAGCCAAGAUCUCCAGACCCAAAAAACGUGCCAAGACCAUUACAUUCAGCAAGAACGCAGUGAUCAGUAAGCGGGGCGGGAAGCUUUGUCUCCUAAUCCGAGUGGUUAAUCUUAGGAAGAGCCUCCUUAUUGGGAGUCACAUAUAUGGGAAGCUCCUGAGGACCACAGUCACUCCUGAAGGAGAGACUAUUAUUUUGGACCAGAUCAAUAUCAACUUUGUAGUUGAUGCAGGGAAUGAAAAUUUAUUCUUCAUCUCCCCAUUGACAAUUUACCAUGUCAUUGAUCAAAACAGCCCCUUCUUCCACAUGGCAGCAGAAACCCUUCCCCAGCAAGACUUUGAAUUAGUAGUGUUUUUAGAUGGCACAGUGGAAUCAACCAGUGCUACCUGCCAAGUCCGAACAUCCUAUGUCCCAGAAGAGGUGCUCUGGGGCUACCGUUUUGCUCCCAUGGUAUCCAAGACUAAGGAAGGGAAAUACCGAGUGGAUUUCCAUAACUUUAGUAAGACUGUGGAAGUGGAGACCCCUCAUUGUGCCUUGUGCCUUUAUAAUGAGAAAGACGCUAGAGCCAGGAUGAAGAGAGGCUAUGACAAUCCCAACUUCAACUUGUCAGAAGUCAAUGAAACAGAUGACACCAAAAUGUGA